AUCAAAAGCAGCAGCCGUCGUAGGAUUAGGUAGCCUCUAUCUGUGUGAGCAUUACAACUAGCUAAACAUUUGAAAAUUGGCUCCAGCACAAUGGAAUAUACGAAUAUGUUUAUUGUUCUGUGUUUCAGAAUUGUUUCCUGAUGUUUGAAUAGACGGAGUUUUUAAUUUUUUUAUUGGGCAGAGACAGUAAAUCAAAGGGUUGUAAAAGAAGCCGAAUCGACGAGUCCUCACACCGGGAUUACUGUACUUUCAAACAUCUAUUGAACUGUACAAAUUCAUAUGGAGUUGCUAGCUAGCCUGUAGGAUCGUUAGCUAGGUUUCUGUAUGUAUUUAUGUUUGAAUGUCAGGUUGUAGUCCGAAGUGGUGAAGCGCUCGAAAUGUGAAUCUAUGAGUGUUUGGGCUAGCUAGCCAAGUUCGACGAGCAUUCCGUGCCUAGUUAUAAUUUAACUGGCUUGUCGACCCACUGUGCGGCUGUAGUUACAAAGCAAGACCAGCUGCAUUUCUAACUUAGCAAAAAGCCAACUCCUGUUAUUGUCAGGCGGAAAACGGAACACUAAAGAUGAAUUCGCUAACCAAGUAGCAUAGGAGAGAAAUGUAUGCAGCCUGGAAUCCCUAACUCUCCAGGGAUGUAGACUGUACUUGGAGGCAGGAAUAAUAGCCACUGCUUGCCACAACUAUUGACGAGGGGCGAAGUAAAUGAUCAUUAUAAAUCGCCCACAUGCGCUGGAUCAAUCGUCGUCUUGGGGAAAGGAAUCUGAAGGUGGGAGACGUGGUGAGCGAUAAAACCUUCCAGGCUGGGGGAAGAUGGCGGAGCCCUUCAAUUGGAAGUAGUGGCAAGAGGAGUGAAACUUAUCCGAGUCUCGUUGGAUUUACUGGUAAACAUCUCGACCGUGAUCAAAGGACACAUGCAGGCCAAAAAACGGUACUUAAUUCUGUUCUCCGCCGGUGCGUGUCUCAUUCUGCUGUUGUACUUUGGUGGGGUCCAAGCCCCGUUAUCCAGAAGGAACAACCGGCGUGAUGACCACAGCCUCCGUGGAUACAACGGUAGCCCCCAGUGGCCCCACUUUUCGGGGGCCCUGCAGCCGUUCAACCCCUGGGACCAAAUGGAGACGGAGGAGUACAACGUACACAUAUCGCCAAGACAGAAGAGGGAAGGUAUCUCUGGUGUGUACAGCGGCAGGCAUUGCCGGAUGGAAUCCUGCUUUGAUUUUUCUCUGUGCAAAACCAGCGGGUUUAAAGUUUACGUUUACCCGCUACAGAAGGGAGAGAAGAUGUCAGAGAGUUAUCAGAAUAUAUUAUCUUCCAUUGAGUCUUCUAGAUUAUAUACGUCAGACCCUGGACAGGCUUGUCUGUUCGUCCUGAGUUUGGACACGCUAGACAGGGAUAUCCUGUCUCCACAGUACGUGCACAACCUCCGAACUAAGGUCCAGAACCUACAUCUCUGGAAUAACGGAAAGAACCACCUUAUCUUUAAUCUGUACUCGGGUACAUGGCCCGACUACACGGAAGACCUGGGAUUCGACAUCGGGCAGGCCAUGCUAGCCAAGGCCAGCAUUAGCACAGAUAACUACAGACCUAACUUUGAUGUUUCCAUUCCCCUGUUUGGGAAGGAACAUCCGAGGACCGGUGGGGAAAGGGGGUAUUUAAAAUACAACUCUAUCCCGCCGUACAGGAAGUACAUGCUAGUAUUUAAGGGGAAGCGAUACCUAACUGGGAUCGGAUCGGAUACGAGAAAUGCGUUGUAUCAUGUCCAUAACUCCGAGGACGUGGUUUUACUUACUACGUGUAAACACGGGAAAGACUGGCAGAAGCACAAGGACGCUCGCUGUGACCGAGACAACGCCGAGUAUGACCGGUACGACUACAGAGAGAUGCUUUACAACUCCACCUUCUGCCUGGUGCCCAGGGGACGACGCCUGGGAUCCUUUCGCUUCCUGGAGGCGCUGCAGGCAGCCUGUGUGCCCGUGAUGCUUAGCAACGGCUGGGAGAUGCCUUUCUCCGAGAUCAUUGACUGGAACACCGCUGCUGUGAUUGGGGACGAACGACUGCUUCUACAGAUCCCGUCCACAGUCCGAUCCAUCCACCAGGAUAAGAUCCUGUCCCUCAGGCAGCAGACCCAGUUCCUUUGGGAGGCUUACUUCUCUUCGGUGGAGAGGAUAGUUCUCACUACGCUGGAGAUCAUCCAUGACCGUGUGCUCCAGCACGCCUCCCGCAGCAGCCUGAUGUGGAACAGUCACCCCGGAGGCCUCUACAUCCUGCCACAGUACUCCUCCUACCUGGGAGACUACCCCUUUAACUACGCCACGCUCGGUAUCAGGCCACCUUCCAAGUUUACCGCGAUCAUCCACGCCGUGACACCCCUGGUGUCCCAGUCCCAGCCCAUCCUCAAGCUGCUGGCGGCGGUCUCCAAGUCGCCAUACUGCGACCAGGUGAUGGUUCUAUGGAACUGUGAUAAGCCCCUCCCACCCAAACACCGCUGGCCCUCCACCGCGGUACCACUCCUGGUCAUCGAGGGGGAGAGCAAGGUGAUGAGCAGUCGUUUCCAGCUCCAUGACACCAUACCAACCGACGCAGUCCUCAGUCUGGACGAGGACACCGUUCUCUCUACUACUGAGGUGGACUUUGCCUUUACCGUCUGGCAGAGUUUCCCAGACAGGAUUGUGGGAUACCCUGCGAGGAGUCACUUCUGGGAUGGCAACAAGGAGCGGUGGGGUUACACGUCCAAGUGGACCAAUGACUACUCCAUGGUCCUGACCGGAGCUGCAAUCUACCACAGGUAUUACCACUAUUUGUACACCAAUUACCUGCCAGCCAGUCUGAGGGGCCUGGUAGACCAGCUGUCCAACUGUGAAGACAUCCUCAUGAACUUCCUGGUGUCGGCCGUCACCAAGCUGCCGCCCAUCAAGGUCACGCAGAAGAAACAGUACAAAGAAACCAUGAUGUUGCAGACGUCCAGAGCAUCGCGCUGGGCCGACCCGGACCACUUUGCCCAACGCCAGAGCUGCAUGAAUACGUUUGCCAGCUGGUUUGGCAGCAUGCCCCUGGUCCACUCCAACAUGCGACUAGACCCGCUGCUGUUUAAAGACCAGGUGUCCAUACUGAGGAAGAAAUACAAGGAUAUUGAAAGACUGUAGUCUCAGUAUAACCUCCUCCCCUGUGGAGAGAGACUAGAGGGCCGCCUCCGUACCAGUACCUCCGCCGUGGACAGAGGGGCUCAAACCAGACACCACGCUGUCGGAAGGCCAGGAGAAUGUGGAGUCAGACGGACUGGAGGAAACGGAGAAGCGACGAGGCGCCAGAGAGCAGAAUGUGCUGUGGGUCUAGGAACGUCGCGUCUCAACCUUCCACGCUAAACCUCCAUCCCUGUGCGUCGAUGCGGGUGACACCAGUGGUUAACGUGACAGCCCAGGCGGUGUUGAAGGAGGAUCUGUGCACGUCCGGGAUCCUGCUUCAUGCACAACGGACAACGUUGCAGAACGUCUGCAGAAUGUCUGGUUCUUAGACCAUGUCAUUCGAACAUUUUAGACCAAGGAAAUCCAUGGUUGAAAUCUCUGAGUCUUGAGUUAAGUCUACGGGUGUUUACUGGUAGACUUUCCUGUUCAGUUGGUUGGGGAUGGGUAUCUCCAGUCUUGGCCUGAAUGGUGUCAACUUCUUGGUGUCCACAAAUUGCUCUCUGAAUGAAAGAUCAUGUUCAGGUGAUUUUUGGAGUGAGUUGUUUUGGCAUGGGCUGGGGACUGGAGCCUCCAUCCCAGAUUUACUGACUCUACUAGUGGUAGACUCCUCCCAUCUCUGACCUACUGACUCUACUAUAUAUACUAUAGAACAGAAGAGGGCCUCGUUGGCUGCCCCCAUUCACUUCCGCUCUGAAAACACUAUGCAGUGAGAAUUUCUGCCAUAAUCAGAGAAUAACAUUGUAUCCUAUUUUAGUUACCUUUUGUACUGUAGUGAAGGGCUAGCGGUACUCUUUUAUUUUUAUUUUAUUUUUUACUGUCUUAAGCCCUGGGGGGGGGGGGGGGCCUGAGUCAUCCUGCUAUACAGAAGCAAGUGAUGAAGCCUCAGCCAUUGAAAUUAGAUUUCACAGUGCCUGUAGUUUUGAUGACUGUUGUUGUUGUUGUUGCCUGGGGUCUGAGUGGGCGGGGUCUGAGUGGGGCUACUGCUGCUUCUCUUUGAGAUUCAAGUUAUUUGGAGCUUUUUUUUUUAUUUGCCUUUUUUUAGGGUUUAUAUUUUUCAAUAGUUUACACUCUCAUGAUUAACUAACAUGAUUACAGUUUUUGAGGUGUCUGUAAAGAACUAUCUUGCCCAUUCCCCUCAUAAUUAUUGUCCAUAAUUUCAAGGUGAUCAAACCGCUAUGUGGUGCAGUUGUGAUGGUCAGUGAUGGUUGAGUUGUGGUCAUCUAUAUAAAUUAUACCCACAUCUGGGAGGAAAAGAGAUUUGUGUGUGUUCAUGUUGUUUUGGGUUUAAUCUCAUGGACAGGCUGUAUAAACAAAAUUGGUGUCAUGGGUCUGUCAUGGGAGAAAAUCAGGAUUUCAGUUAUUGGACAUUUCUUUUAAUUUUGAAAACUUUUGGUCCACUGUUACCAGUAGCUAGCAAAAUUAAGAAGUUGGAGGUCUUUGUUCCAGUUCCAAUCUUCAAUUUCUCUUAACGAGUAUGGACCCAGACCUAAAUCUGACCCGUUACCCAAUACUGUAGUUCUGAGAAGAGAUUUAGGGUUGUUCUUCCAGUUCUCUAUAUGAACAAGGAUUUCCUUCUUGACUGUUACUUUAUCUGAUGACCUGAGUGUAACAUGCACUGUGGCCUUUCCUAAAGAGCUUGGAUUGCAGGUUUUGGAAGGGGUCAAUUGACAUGUUGUCCUUUAUGUUCAGUUCUCCUUUAUGUUCAGUUCUCCUUUAGUCAUACUGUUUUGUCAUAUCAUGGUUAUUGAGCUUGUUUAUCCAGUUGAGGUGAUCUUGCGUCAGGCUAUAGAUCAACAUCCAAUGCAGCAGGCCCCCUCAUUUAGCCAAUACCUCAGUUAACCAAAAGAUCUGCGAGCUUUGUUGUUCAAAUAGUAGAAAAUCACUAUUACUGAAAACAAUGUGAUAUGUUCUGUAAAUCUAGUGUAAUAAUUUAUCUAAACUGCCCAGAUUUACCAUAUUGUUUCAAUGCUUUCAAAUCCCCUGCAUAAUGAACCCUGUCACUCUAUUGAUUUGUGGAGAAAAAAAGAAGAGGAAAGGUUGUUGGGUGUGGCUAUGUGAGGUGUGUCUGUGCAAGGUGUGGCUGUAUAAGCUGGGGGGGGUGUGUACGUGUAUAUGUGUGUACGUGUGCGUUUGUGCAUGUGUGUGUGCGUGUGUGUGUACGUGUGUUUGUUCGUGUGUGUGUACGUGUGUUUGUGCGUGUACGUGUACAGGAUGUACACCAGUCAACAAGAGUGACAUUGAGGUGUGUGUGAGACUGAGACCCCUAUGGGCUAAUUCUCUAGGUGCAAUAUGUGUUUAAGGGAAUCUAGAGGUUCUGCAUGCAGGCAGCCCGUUUCUGAUUGAAACAUUUAUGUGUACAUUCACCAAAUUGCCUUUUGACCAAUCAGAUGAACUCUGAAAAGUACACGUGAAAAGAUGUGAUUGGUCAAAUGACCAAUUAGUGCAAAAGAAAAAAAUCUAAACUGGGCUGCCUUUGUAAAUGCAGACUUUCAUGUUUUCUUUCUCUUCUACGUAGUGCUCUUCUUUUAGGCCACAGCCACAUAGGCCCUGGUUAAAUGUAGUGCACUUUAUAGGGAAUAGAAUGCCAUUUGGGAGUCCACCUCUGAUUUCCCACGUUCUAGAAUAAAAUUAAUGUGCCUCUAAAGAAAGACACUUCAGAAAUGUUUUCAUUUUGCCUUUAACAAAGGAGCAAUUUAAUCACUUUUCUUUCUCUAAUCAACAAUGUUUUGUUGAUUUUUAUCAUUGUCCAAUAACACACACAUUUAAUGUAACAACAGAUUUCUUGUUGAUCUUCAUGUCUGCCAUCAAACGUAACACUGGACUACAUUUGAAUGGCGCCCUACUGCCAGGAUGAAGUGCACUACUUUUCACCUGGGUCUAUGGGGUUCUGGUCAAAAGUAGUGAACUAAAUAGGGAAUAGGGUGCAAUUCCAUAUGCAUAAUCUGUACUAGACAUUCCUGCCUUUAAGGAGGAGGAGGCGCUUCGGGUUGUGUCCCAAGUCUGUCUCCCGCUCUGGGCAUUGUUAGGUAUUUAGUCUCUACCUGCUCCACUUUGCAAUUCACCUAAUUACAGACAUUCAUUUUGUAGAAAUAAAGAUGAAAAUGGGGAAGGAAAUCACAAUUUUGUAAAGCAAUUUUGUAAAAAAUAAAAUUAUUUGAUACA